GCAUCUCCCUCUGUCUCCUCGGUAUCCUCUCCGUCAAAAGGAAGGCUUCCUUCUCACCCAAGAAGAAGAUGGCUGCUUUGGUGCGGAAUCGUUGAACUUCUAAAAGGGGUCUCUCUGACUCAUGGGUGCUCCUUGUUUGUUACCUGUUGAAUCUUCUGUACAGAACUUCAGCAUGUGAUUGCCCUAUGUCACCGUCAAAGGGCGCAGAACAUGGACCAUCUGUUGUUCUCAAGCGUCACCGUUCUGUGCCUUAUGUUGCAUUUCGGCGGCGCAUCAUUUUCAGAAGUUCAAGAGCUUGGGUUUUUAGAAGAGCCCAGUUCGGUGCUCACAGCUGAAGGUAGCAAUGAACCAGUCACCUUCAGGUGCUCUGCAAAACCAAAAAAUGUUGAGACGUACUGGAUCCAUGGUGGCCACCCAGUUACGGAGGACACCCCUGGUGUCACUAAGUUGACUAAACAUAGACUCUCAGUCAGAAUCACUUCUCAUACCAAUGGCAGCUUACACCAUCUGGAUAACUCCUACCAAUGUGCAGCAAGACUGGGUGACUCCAUCAUGCUGAGCAGCCCUGCCACUGCUAUCAUAGCCACACUUUCUCAUUUUGACCAACAGCAGAAAGACAUUCACGUUUCUGUAACAGAAGGGAAUGUUGCUGUAGUGCCUUGUCAACUUCCACCCAGUGUUCCCACUGCUGUCUCAGAGUUUUUAUAUAAUGGUUCGAAAAUAGAUAAAUCUACAGACAGAUACCACUUAAUGCCUUCUGGAGACCUGCACAUUGCAUCAAGUCGAGUGUGGGACUCUGGUGUUUAUGAAUGCAUUGCUCACAAUCCGUUCCUACAGAAAAGGGUAUCUGCACCGUACAAGGUGUAUCUCACUGUGCAUGUGCCCGCAGCUGAGGAACAGCCUUCAUUCAAAUCAGUUCCUGUGAAAAGUAUAAGUGUUGUGACUGGCAGUAAUGUAACGCUUGAGUGUGCUGCUAAUGGCAAUCCAACACCAAGCAUUGUUUGGCACAAAGAAGGGGGACACUUACCAAAACGUCGUUGCAGCCUUAUGCUUGGCAACUUGGAAAUAGUCGGAGUCCAUCCUAAAGACGGAGGUCUGUAUUUGUGUAGGGCGAGCAAUUAUCUUGGACCCAUCGUCGGAAAAACAGAGCUUGUUGUACUAGAGCCUCCACAUAUUGUUUCACCAUUGGAAAGUCACGUUGUCAAUCACGGAAGGGAAAUCACGCUAGACUGCAUUGUCCGUGGAAACCCGUCGCCAUCUGUAAAGUGGAUUCAUAAUGGCAGGAAGGUCCACCAUACAUCGCAUAUUGCUGUACAUGAUACAGCAAUUACUAUAAAAAAAGUGACAAAACAUAAUGGCGGCAUUUACCAAUGCUUUGCAAGCAACUCUUUACGCACGAUAUAUUCUACAUCUCGUAUUGUGGUCCUAGCUGGAAAUGAUACUCGACCUCCCAGCAAAUCUGUAUAUAGUGAUGAUAAUGAAGAAGAAAAUGAACCAGACAGCAUCAACGGAGCAUCAGAGGGUUCUGGGAAAAGAAAGGGAGGGCACGGGCGAAGAAAGAAGGUCAAAGGAGUGAAGCUGGUGCCUCCUUCAAGACCCGAGAUCACGAGACUGUCUGAUGAUUCUGUGAUGGUGCACUGGUCUGUGCCACAAAACGAUGGACUGCCAAUUUCAUUCUUCAAAGUUCAGUAUCGUGAUGUCUCUAAUCCUCAUUCAAAGUGGAUGACAGUUGACACAGAUGUGCCCCCACAUAUUAAUUCCUACGCUGUCACAGGACUCAAAGCAGGUGCAAAGUACAAGUUUCAUAUUGCAGCUGUGUACACUAAUAAUGACAACAAGAAUGGCCCUAACUCCAUACGGUUCACUCUUCAUAAAGACCCACCCAAGAAACGUCCCAUUCACGGCCCCAAGAUGCAGCGUGUCAAAGCUGAGAGUCCAUCUGCUAUAACUUUAUAUUGGGAGUACACAGACGUCGACUCCAUAGAAAUUGACGGUUUCUACAUUUACUAUCGCCUGACGGAAAGCGCUGGUGACUACCUCAAAGUAGCAGUCUCCGGUGCAAACACACGGUCCCACACCGUGUCACACCUCUUGCCAGACACCUCGUACGAUAUCAAGAUGCAGUGCUACAAUGUAGCUGGAGCCAGUGAAUUUUCAAAUAUAUGGACAAAGAAAACCCUUCCGUCACCUCAUGUUGUCGAGAAGAAAACUAGUGAGAAAAGGACUGUGGUGCAAACGGAGGACACCGAAGAUGGAAAUGACUUCUACAUUGCCAUAGGAGUGGGGCUUGGUGUGGCACUCUUGGUAUUAGGAGUGCUAGUUGCCCUCUGUAUGUUACGUCACAAGCAACAACAAAGGAGACACAUUCAGAGCCUUAGUGACCACAACAGCAAUCUUCAACAGAAUGGCCAUGUAGCAAAUGGGGAUUAUUUCACGGCACAAAGUAGGAUUGACAUUACACUCAAUCCACUAGACUCUGUAGAGCUUUCGGAACUUCCGAAGGAGAAAUAUGCAGCUAUCAUUGUAACACAGCUCUCAAAUGGCCACAGGGUAAACUCUAGAGAUAUAAAUUCAGAUGGUGCCAUAGUAAAAGCAGAAAAUGUGUGAAUGAAUCUCACUCAUAUUUAUGUAUCAAUCUUAGCAGAGCACUUUUGUGCAUGCUAUUUGUACCAUACCCUUUAUAUUGUUUUAUUAUUGAUAAAUGUUUACACCAGUCAA